AUGAUGGCGGAUCCAUCAUCCUGCUUCGAACACUUUCAGCAAGCCCUAGAUUUUAUCCUGUUUCAACUGGCCCAAGAUUCGUUCAGGCAGGAAGAGAUCAGGCGCCAACAAGCGGAGGAGCAGAAGGCUUUCCAAAUUCAGCAUGGAGAGAAGUAUAUCCAGCUGAAAAACUACACGGAUCAGCUAGAAGCAGAACUACGCGAAACAAAAUCAAAAAUGCAAGCACUCACAGCGUCUAAUGAUGAGCUUCGGGAGGCAUACAAGGAGAAAUCGCGAAAAUGCCGCAACUGGGAAAAAAUGUGCAAGACUCUGAAAGCGCAGCAGAGCACUAGGCAAUUCCCGUCACCGACACGCUCCACGAUGGGAGGAGGACUAAGCGUGCAACAACAGGAUGGUGGGGCCCUCGUCACGCAAGCCAACCAGUUUAGCCGUCCUUCAAUGAGAUCCAUGGGGAGGCCCUAUGCGGUUGAUGCUUCCUCUUCGUCGAUGCGGAACUCGAUGGCGAACAUGGGAGGACAGGAAACCCCGCGCACAAUUCAGAGACCGAAUGUUGGCAUGUUCGAUCGUUUUGCGAGACCUCCGAUUGGGGGGACUUCACGUCCAUCAGUGCAGCCACUAGGUGGAUCCAGAACUCGGCUUGUGAGACCGAAAACACCGGUGUUACAAGCCUCUCAACGAAUUGGUUUCCUCUCCAAGAGGCCGACUUUCCGCAUGUGA